AUCAUCAUUCACAUAACAACUUCUCCUGAGAGACAAGAGGGAUGCCGAUUAGCCUGAGAGUUCUGAAGCAGGUUGCAGCCUUUCCGGUUGUUUUAGCCAUCGUUUGCUAUUUCUUCUGGCCAUCAAUCAUCGCGCCGGACCUCUUAAAGGGCACGAAGGACGUUCUCCAAAUGGCUAAGACCAUUCCUCUCCCUGGUGAUGGACCAGAGAGCUUAGAAUUUGAUUCACAAGGUGAAGGCCCUUACGUUGGCGUCACUGACGGUCGCAUCCUCAAAUGGCGCGGCGAAGAGCUAGGCUGGGUUGAGUUUGCCUACUCUUCUCCUCACAGAGAUAACUGUUCGAGGCAUAAAGUAGUUCCAAGUUGUGGGAGACCAUUGGGACUUAGCUUCCAUAAGAAAACAGGAGAUCUGUACUUUUGUGAUGGUUACUUUGGUGUCAUGAAGGUCGGACCAAAGGGAGGCUUCGCCGAGUUAGUUGUUGAUGAAGCCGAAGGUCGCAAAGUCAUGUUUGCGAACCAAAUGGAUAUAGACCAAGAAGAAGACGUCUUCUACUUCAAUGAUAGCAGCGAUAAAUACCACUUCGAGCAAGUGUUCUACGUGUAUAUGUCAGGGGAGAAGACAGGAAGAGUAAUUAAAUACGAUAUGAAAAAGAAAGAGGCCACAGUUAUAAUGGACAAACUUCAUUUACCUAAUGGUUUAGCUCUAAGCAAGGACGGAUCCUUUGUACUCACCUGCGAAAGUGGUACAAAUACAAUCCACAGAAUAUGGGUCAAAGGUCCCAAAGCCGGGACCAAUGAGGUUUUCGCAAAGAUCCCGGGUCCUAUGGACAAUAUCCGACGCACGCCUACGGGGCAUUUUUGGGUCGCACUGCAUUCCAAAGACAGUUUGUUUACUCGUGUGUUUCUUAGUCACUCUUUUGUUGGAAAGUUUUUCAUCAAAACGCUGAAGGUGGAGACUGCGAUUCAUCUCGUUAAUGGAGGGAAACCUCAUGGAAUUGUUGUGAAACUCUCUGGAGAGACAGGAGAGAUUCUUGAGAUACUUGAGGACAGUGAAGGGAAGACGAUGAAGUAUGUUAGUGAAGCUUACGAGAGAGAAGAUGGCAACUUAUGGUUUGGGUCUGUGUAUUGGCCGGCCGUUUGGGUUCUUGAUAAAUCUGUUUACGGUCUCAAAUGAGCUAGUAAUUUGGUGGUAUGAUCUUCUUUUUAACUUGUUAGAAGACAAGCAUCUUCUUUUGUAUUUUCUUGUUGUUGUGCGAGUGGACUUUGAUUCUGAAGUUUUGAGUUGAGUUGUUUAAUGGAGUUUUGUGGGAUUUUAUAAAUUUUGUCAGGUGGUUAAAAAGAAAAUUUUGUGGGAUUUUAUAAAUUUUGU